AUGGAUAAAGUUAUUCAACCAUUAUCACAUGACAAUGAUCUUCUCGAUACGCAAUGGUCUGAUAUAUUCAUGCGCAUUGAACAAGCAGCAAUACCCGAUGAAUCAAAAUUAGUCUUAAAGGCAUUUGUUGAUUAUUUACUAGCAGAACCGAUAGAUGCAUCAUUGUCCGAUGUAAAAAAAAAUGUUAAUUAACAUGCUGUUCAACAGUCUCAACAAUCAUCAAUAUGGUUUAAUAUUGCAAUAACAUUAAGAGAAUCUUCAUCUGAAAUCUUGGUUGGUCGUAGAAAGGCCGAAAGGAAAAAUAUCGAAAGGAAAAAUACCGAAAGAAAAACACCGAGAGAAAAAUAUCGAAAAGGAAAAAUGUCGAAUGGAUAA